AUGAACGCAAGGGUAGAAUACACGAAGAGGGAUACGAUCAUACAUAUCUUCGACAUUGAGACAGACAUGAAUGAACAAAACGUAAAAGAAGCGAUCCUCAGGGUAGUUCGCGGAUGCAAAGAGGAAGACGUUAAAAUAAUAUCGAUUAAGCCGAAUAUGGUCGGAAACCAAAACGCAAUGUUAUCAGUGGACAGGAGCACUGCGAGAGAACUAGCUAAGAAUGGAACCAUUAGAAUUGGAUGGGCCCCUUGCAAAGUGAGAGAGAGGAUUAACAUCACGCGAUGUUUCAGAUGCGUGGAAUUCUGGCAUAGGAGAGGAAAGUGCAAAGGUGCAGACAAUACUAAAAAGUGCCUCAAUUGUGCGCAAGAGGGGCAUAUAGCUAAAGAGUGUAUAGAUGGAAGUCAUUACACUACCUGUAUGACUGAGGGUCAGAUGGCCAGAUGA